UGUUCUCAGCGCGUUUCAUCAUGCAAAAAGCGGAGACUCGGGCUUUAACUUUGAAGGUCGGAAAGAACGAGGAACUAGAGCCUUGCCGUUGCGAAGCCUGUUUUUCAAGAAGAGAUCUAGAUCAGUUUCGCAGUGUAUGCCCAGUGCCUCGUACCAGAGGACUGUACACCAAUCCAAGAGAUGCCAGACCUGGUUCAUCGCAGGUCCCCAUCGCGCCGUAUCCGCUAGUUGGGUAUCCGGCUCCUUCUCGGACUUCCCUUUACCCAGCGCAUUACAAUCUGCACAGACCUGCAAGCUAUUCAAGAGCUCUUUACUUCCCGGCUGGCCCAGAAAGCCGAAUUUACAAUUUACCGAGAAUGAAAGAUAUGCCCCGCGAAGAAAGUACAGCUCACGAGACUCGUUUGGUUCAAAGCCAAUUUCCACAAAUGCGACUAAACUUGGAAACGUCUAAACAGGGUAUGUAUAAGUUUGCGAUAAAAGCUCUCAUUAUACAGUUCCAACAUUACUUUGAAGGAGUUAUAACAAAGUUGGAACACAAUCAGGAUUAGAUUAGAAACGGCGGCCUACCUCUAACAGUGCAAGUGGUCACGAUUUGUUUAAAAAAGUCAUGUCUUUUUAUAACGCAAAUGGAUUUUGAAAGGUUGUCUUUGGUAACCAGAUAAAAUGAUGCGAAAAUAACAAAGUAUAAAUUACAAUCCAGCAGAGUAAGCACCAUUUGAUUAUAACCUGUCGAGAGCAACCAUCUUAAUUAAUCUGAUAUCACUGACAGACGGGAAAGGCUCGUUUUUGAUGAUGAUAUAGGCGAUUGUUAGGUUUGUGGCUCAUAUAGUAGGUAAUUAAAGCUAUUUACGACGGGCAUUCUUCUGUAAAUAGAAACCGCCGAAUGAAUCCGAUCACAUGCAAAGGUACAAGUAAGAUUUGAGUGUGCGUACUGACUCCGCAGCAAAUAAAUGCUAACCAAUAUAUAUCUACCGGAUAGUGCCUAAAGAAUAUGCAAACUCUUAUCUUGUAAGAAAUGAAAACCAAAACUUUGAAAAAAAAGCAAAAAAAACAAAAAAAAGGAUUCGAAGGAGCAUUGUUGGAAAAAAGAGGGAUAGACAAACUCAAAGUUAAUAGAAAAACUGUUGAUUUUCACUAAAUAAUAAUAUUCACUCAAACAAUUGUUGAGGUGUUGGUAUAAUUAAGGUCUUAAAUUAGUUUAAUAUGAUUUUAAAAGGAGGCCCUAUGAACUUCGCAGUGUUUUGUUCCGUUUAAAGAACAGAUGAAAAUCACAACGUUUUUGUUCAUGAAAAGUCACCUUUGCAAUCGGGAAUGGAUAACCGUAAUUUUAACUAAUUGUUUUAAUUUCAAUCACCCUUGAAAGUGAAAUUGAAAUGGAAAUGGCUUUUCACAUUCCUGAAAGAAAUGAUGGUUACUACGCUUACGUUUAUAAUUUACCAUUUUCAUUUGUUAUUGUCAUGUAUUAAGAGAAAAUAAAGAAAAACACUCAGGUCUCUUUAUGUCACCGACCCAGUUUUUGAAAACGCUCUUUAAGUUCUGUGUGCGUGUAUUUGAGCUUUGUUGUCAGCAGAGAGAGUUAAGUGCCUUUUUAUUAGACCCAUAUACAACAGUUAAAAAAUGCAAAUACAAUCAAAGAAACUUGGGCACUCAAUGAUAUAUAAACGGUGCAGUGGGCUGAUGGUUAGAAGUUAUUCUUUCUUUCAUGAAUGGUUAGAAAACUUGAGGACAAUUUUAUUACAAGUAAUAACGAGCAAUUUGAGGAAAAAUGUCACAUUUUACUGCCCUUUCGCAUGCUCUUUGUUGCAAAGCAGGCGCACGUGCGCAAGAUUAUAGUAGAUUUGUUUCAAGGGAAAAAGAAAAAAAUUACCUACUGCAUACAAAAGUAUAUACUUUUAUUUGUAAAAUAUGUCUCACAGUAUACUAUGCGACUUAUAAGACAACUAACACGCGACUUUGGAAAACGUUAAUUUAUCUGUGAAAAUUUAAUCCAAAUAAAAACGCAGAUGUUCAUACUGCAACUCAAGUAGACGCAAGUUUUCACACAAUCACACGGGGCAUUCAUACGCCACUUAUUGGUUGAGCUAAUCAUCUGUUUUUAAUCUAUCCACUUCUUAGCUGCUGGAUCAAAUGAAAAACCACGGCGCAUGCGCACUGUGUUCACCCCUCAACAGCUUGAGAGACUGGAGCUACACUUUAUGUGCCAGCAGUAUGUCGGAGGAGCUCAGCGGUUGUACAUCGCCAAGCAGUUGGGGCUUUCGGAAACUCAAGUGAAAGUGUGGUUCCAGAACCGAAGAAUUAGGUGGCGAAAACAAGUGCUCAGCACUGCAGUGACAUCAUCCCAGUCAUAAAUCAGCUAAUGAAGUCGUUCUUUUUACGGUAGAAAGCAAUCGUUUUGUAUGUUGCGUCACCAAAGUGACACCAGAAUCAGAUCAGAGAUAUAUUAAAGAUACGUGAUAUUCCAAGUAAAAAUCCAGACUGAGAGUGGGUACUGGGAGCAUGCUCCCCCAGAAGAUUUUUUAAUUAAGGGUCUCGAAAAUUUGCCGUUUUCAGCGCAAACUAAUACGCAGGAAAUUGCAGUAGUUAGUUGUUUAUUUUACCCAUCUCUAGUGUUGUCGGUAAAGGUUGAUUUCC